AUGAUCUAUAGCAGUGUUUCUCAACCAGUGGUACGAGUACCCUUAGGAACACUUGAGAAAAGUCUGAGGGCCAAAGAGAAUCUUCAAGAAAUGAAGAAAGAAAUUGAUUCACUUUUGCAAACUGCUGAGAAAGCGUUUAGAGUGGAGUUGCUGAAGAUGCCAGUUGCUGUCAGAAAAAUGAAAAGAAAAGACUUGCUUAACCUGCAAGGAGGAGAGGAAGCCGCUGUUGUAGCUGCUGCUGUUGUAGCGAAUGACUGCUCUGUAGAGGACAUUCCAAAUACCAAAGUGGUGAGAAACUGCAGCAGAAAAGUUAAAGUAACUACAAUUGUUGAAUAUAAAGAUGAGGAGACUGUGCCUGCCAAGAAAGCUUCUCAAAAGGUAUCUAAAACAAAAUCACUCACUACUUUAGCAUCUGUGCUAAGAAUAAAGAACUUAACAAACGUUAUCCAAGUUAGACUUCCAGUUAUAUACUCUACUGCAACUAAAAGCUGUGUGCUGUGUAAAAGCAAAUGCUGUUUUUCUGGCAGAUCUGCAUGUUCUACUCCAAACGUGAGACACAUUAAGGCUCUUCCAUCUGAUCGUACAGCUGCAAACUAUAAAUCUGCUCCACGGGUUUCUAGAAGACUAGCACAAAUGGCGGUCUCAAGAACUGUACCUAUGAGAGACAGAGUCCAACCCAUGUCACUAAGAAGUAACUCAGUGCCUCGGGAAAAAGCUGUUCCAUUUGUUAACAUACCUCUGACUGAUGGGAAGACUCUCUGUUCUGCUAAUGAAGACCUUCAUAACAUCAAUGUUGAGUUGCUUAAUGAUGACACAGUUCAACAUAUUCAUAAUCUAGUGAGCCAGUUGACUGUUUUAUGUGGGAAAGCGACAGUUAAACCAAGUUAACGGAGUCUACAUGGAAAAUCUCAUUUUCUCAAUUGCACAGAAUAUUUUUAUAAAAAUUACCGUUUGUCUGUUUUUUAAAUAUUUACAUAGCACUUAAUAUAUUUUAAUAAAAGUUUAAUACUGCAUAUUAAACUUUUGUCUCGAAAGACUUAAUGAACACAUAUUGACUGUAAAAUUAGUAUGUUUUACAAGCUCAAAGCCAUGUUACCAGUUGCUUCCUUAACUGAAAUUUAAGACUGUUUUCUACUCAUGUUAGUUUAAUGAAAGGAUAAUUUUAUAUCCUUUCCAGAUUGCUCAUUUAUUUUUGAUCCCCUGUGAUCAGUAAAUUAUACAUAAGAAUAUAAAA